AGAGCUUAAUGUUACUUUCUACCGACAACUGACAUUGAUGUAAUUUUUGUAAAUAUAGAAAUAUACGUUCAGCCGACGGACUGUAUAUUUGUGGAUAUACAUAUCAGUUUGUAAUGCACUAGCUUCAUUGAGGCGUGUCUGAGAAGAACGCUGCGAAGAAAAGCCGGAUUUAAAGGGGACGUGUUCAUUUACCCGGAUGGAAUAGAUUUUUGAUUUAACAAGCAAGCAAGAUGUAUUAAGGCGUAAUUUGCUGUUAUUUGUUUGGUGUUAUUGGUUAACCAACAAGCAUCUCAAAGUUGUUAACUAGACCACCUAAAUGAAAGAAUUGUGCAAGCAGUCAAAUCGGUGACAUUAGAAUGAAGGAUACCCUUAAAAUUCAGCUCUCACCACAGCAGGAGAGGAAAAGAGCUCUGACUGUGUGGAGCAAGGUGUGUUUUGCAAUCGGAGGGGCUCCGUAUCAGAUCACAGCCACCGCCUUGGGCUUCUUCCUGCAAAUCUUCUUGCUUGAUGUGGCACUGUUGGAUCCCCUCAAUGCUUCUGUAAUCCUGUUUGUGGGUCGGGCCUGGGAUGCUGUGACUGAUCCUGCAGUUGGGUUUUUCAUAAGCAGAAGCCCAUGGACACGGCACGGACGUAUGAUGCCCUGGAUUCUGCUGUCCACUAUACCAGCUGUGUUGUGUUAUUUCCUGAUAUGGGUGGUUCCGCCUAUAGAGCAGGGAAAGAUGAUGUGGUAUAUGCUCUUCUACUGUCUCUUCCAGACUCUCCAGACAUGCUUUCAUGUGCCUUACUCCGCUCUGACCAUGUUCAUCAGCAAUAAACAGCAGGAACGAGAUUCAGCCACAGCGUACCGCAUGACUGUAGAGGUGUUUGGUACAGUAAUUGGCACUGCUGUUCAGGGGCAGAUUGUAGGCAUGGCCAACACCCCCUGCAUUAACACAUCACUGACCAAUAGCUCCAAUCACUCUGCGCAUGACAAUAACUCUCAGAUCUUACUGGAUAACAAAGUAUUUAAUGAGAGGUGUGCGUAUAUGAUUGCAUCUGCAGUCAUAAGUUUGAUCUAUGUCCUGUGUGCUGUUGUGCUGUUUUUUGGAGUGAGAGAGCAGGACAAUCGGGGCGGUUUAAAAGCACAGAAGCAUGUGUCAUUUCAGACCGGUUUGCGGCUGGUGAUGGGUCAUGGGCCAUAUGUUAAACUGGUGCUGGCCUUCCUCUUCACUUCUCUGGCCUUCAUGCUGCUGGAGGGAAAUUUUGCUGUGUUCAUCAAGUACACACUGGGAUUCAGAGAGGAUUUUCAGAACAUCUUACUGGUCAUCAUGUUGUCUGCCACUUUUACUAUUCCCAUUUGGCAGUGGUUCCUCUGCCGCUUUGGGAAAAAGACUGCUGUAUACAUUGGCAUACCAUGGGCGGUGCCCUUCAUGAUCCUGGUGGUGUGUGUAAAGAGUAGUCUCUUCGUGUCCUACAUCGUAUCAAUCGCAGCUGGUGCCAGUGUAGCAGCGGCCUUCCUCCUACCCUGGUCCAUGCUUCCAGAUGUGGUAGAUGAUUUUAAAGUCCAGAACCCCACCUCUCAAGGCCAUGAAGCUAUUUUCUACUCUUUCUAUGUUUUUUUCACCAAAUUCGCCUCUGGAGUGUCGCUUGGAGUAUCAACUCUAGCAUUAAGCUUUGCAGGUUAUGUGACGGGAGUUUGUGUUCAGUCUGAUUCUGUGAAUCUGACAUUGAAGAUAUUGGUGUCAGCUGCUCCUGUAUCACUUAUAGCUCUGGGGCUGCUCAUAUUUAAAACAUAUCCCAUCAAUGAAGAACGCAGGCAGUACAACAACAAACAGCUGCAGCUACUCCUGCGGAAUGAAGAACAAGAGUCUGAGAUGGAGGCCUUGAAGCCUGACAUCACAGUAUGAAAUACUAGCUCUGACCUACAGAGGGCGCCAAAACACAUCUUAACCACUGCGAUGAGGAAAUCUAUCAGCUGAACUUCCAGAGACAGCACUUUCCUCACUCAGUUGGUUAACUAGACCAAUGAAGAAUAAUGAACCCUUAAAAAUCUGCACUACUGUUAUCACAGCUACAUAUUUAUACAACUAACCAACUAAAAGAUCCUAUUUGCUGCUUUCAGUAACAGUUACAGCUUUCCCUGGGAGAGAAAAAAGGGAGAUCUGUGUGAUCAAUAUAAGGUUCAAAUCUAACAUCUACUAAUACAUCAUAUUUUGUUGCAACUCUCUGUUCUCAUUUGAGAUGAUUGAUUCAUAUUUUGGUUUCUGAAUGUGAAGGAUAUGUUGAGUUGCAGUUGUUUGAGGACGUAUUUCCUCAAUGUGUUGAAGAAUUGUUGGUUUGUUUUUGCAAAAAAAUCACUUUACGUUUCUUUAAAGAUGACCUGACAUCAUUGUUCAUGUGUGUAUCAGCGUGAGGAAGAUGAUUGUCUGUGUCAAUUUUGUAUGGUUCUGUAUUUAUUUAUAGUGCCUUAUAUUGAGUAAAAAAGUGAAUCAUGAUCAAAUUAUACAUAAGUAAAUUUAAGUCACAGCUCUUAGGAACUUCAAUUCCCUGAAUCUGUGCAGCUGUGCCAAAGUGUCAGUGACAGACUAAAGGAAUGUUUAGAUUCAUUUUUAAUGUUCAUUGGUGCAGUAUUUUUUUCCAACAUGAAAUGUCAGUAUCUUUGUACAUUUUUGUGUGUGUGUGUGUUAAAAAUGAUUGUGCACAUGAAGCAGUUUAGCUUCCAUGCUCUGAGGUCUAGAGCGGUCUGAGCUAUGGAUGUUUUGUGCUGAUUAGUUGUCUGUAAUGUUGUCGACCUUAAGUUUACUUCUCCCCGCAAAUACCGAGCUGAAAUGCAGAAAUGUCUGCAAAUAGUCAAGAGAUUGUUGGAAGAUUAUUUUUGUCAAAACUACAAAUUGCACCAGAACAUUUCACAACUACAAUGUGUAUAUACAUUAUUUUAUGGCCUUUAUAAACAGACUGAUGUUGUGUAUUUAUAUUGUGCUUAUUAAAUUUGUUGUAAAUAACUAUAAAACCUUCAAAAGAACUUUAAUUUA